UUGAAUAGCAGCUUUGCAGAACCUCUACGAGAUAAGGGAAGUGGUGACGUUGCACCUCCAGCUCGCUCAGAAAGCGCUGCCUCGAAAAGUAGCGAAUCCGCUGCCAAAUUGACGAAGCUGAACAAGAAGAAGAAUAGAAACUCUACGGAAACCGGAAGUACCUCGCUGCUCAAAUCUCAGAGGCACUCAAAUGCCAAGGAGUCACAGAUUCCUACCGAACCUCUGCGACAUAAGAGAAGAGGUGAUCUUGCAGCCCCAGCUCGCUCUGAAACCACUUUGAAGAGUCAGGAAUCCGUUGCCAAACUGAAGAAGAUUAAUAAAGAGAAGGAUUGGAGUUCUGCAAAAACCGAAGGAAAAUCGUUGCUCAAUUCCCAGGCUUAUACAAAUGCCAAGCAGUCGCAGAUUCCUAUCGAUCAUGGUUUAAAAAUACAUCAGUUCUCUUCAGAAGAGCUACAUCCCUCGUGGGCUGCUCGUCGUCGUGCCAAAGAACAGCAAAGCUCUGCACCUAAAGGCAAACGAAUAGUUUUCAGUGAUGACUAG